AAAGCAAGAGAAUCAGCUGGAUGUCGGCGAGGUGCCCUGGCGGCAAGAAGCUCCGCGGAGCCCGGAGAUGAGGCGGGGCCUCGGACCCCUGUCCCUAGUGCUCUUUUUCUUCUUGCUGAAUCUGCUGGCCCGGCCAGGUGAUGGCAACCAGGGCAGUGUCGCUGGCAGCUGCUCCUGUAGUAAGAGAAUUCGUUCUGGCGGCCGGGUGCCGCCUGCUACUGUGGAUCAUAUCCGAAAACACCUGAAAACAUACGAUCGCUGUCCAUUCUUCAUCAGGUUUCAGUUACCAUCCACGAGUGUGUGUGGAGGAAGCCAAGAGCCGUGGGUUCGUGAAUUGGUAAGCUGUUUUGACAGCAAAGAGUGUGGAAACGGUCAUGGGAAGAGCUUACACCACCAGGAGCAUUUGCCUCAUGCUAGCACCCGGAUCCCAGUGGCCACGGAGGGGACACCUCCAGACACAAGCACCCCUGCAACGAUUCAGAGUACCCAGCAGUCCACUUUGCCACCUGGAACACUGUCCUUGAACAAUGAGCUCACCCACCACAGCAGAUCCACUGCCCUCACAUCAGGCUAUGAAACCACUGUUCUCACGUCAGGCUAUGAUCCCGAAGCUGGACCUGAGGCUGAGGCCAAUAAAAACCGGUCGGAGGGCAGCCAGCAGGAAGGACCGCCAAGGGCUUCAGCUGGCAUACAAACCGCAGUACCGGUGGUGUCUCUCCUGGCCAUUGUUUUCCUUCUCGUGGCAGCCAUGGUCUACAUGCUGUGCAACAGGAGAGUGAGACGGCAGGGCUCUGCAGAUCUGCAGCUCCAUUAUACACUGGUGAACCAAGACGCCAGCGCCUGAAGAAGAACGGAAGCUUGAGAGAGAGGACUCGGGAGAUAGGUGGCAGACUGGGCUCCAUCAGUGAACUGGACCUUCGUUCAUUCAUUAUUUCCUAUGCUGUUCUGAGACAAAGUACUGAGAUCACAAUCCAGGGCAGCUCUGAGUUGUUGGUUCUCUGCCUCUGCCGCCUAGGUUCUGGGAUUACAGGCAUAGGUCACAUCUGCCCUAAUCUACUUCUGUAAAAAAUGUGUAAGUUUUUAGAGUUCUGUUUUGUUUAGCCAGGAUCUUAUUUAGUCCAAGCCUGCCUCAAAUUCCCUAUGUAUCUGAGGAUGACUAUUGAUUCUCCUACCUCCACGUCCAUAGUGGAUUACACACUUGCUAAACACCUUUUUUUUUUUUUUUUUUUUUUUGAGAUAGAGUUCUCUAUGUAACAGCCUUGGCUGUCCUGGAACUCGCUUUGUAGACCAGGCUGGCUUCAAACUCACAGAGAUCCACCUGCCUCUGCUCUUCAUGAUUAAUAAUAUAUGAGCAGCACCCCCCCUUCCCCUUAGUCCUCUCCCCUGCUGCUAAUAAAAUGUACUAUUCUAAAUUAUGUGGUCUAGAAGUACAGCCCCAGGCUGGAGAAAUGGCUCAGAGGUUAAGAGCACUGGCUGCUCUUCCAGAGGUCCUGAGUUCAAUUCCCAGCACCCACAUGGUGGCUCACAGCCAUCUGUAAUGAGAUCUGGUGCCCUCUUCUGGCCUGCAGGCAAACAUGCAGGCAGAUCACUGUAUACAAAAUAAAUAAAUAAAUCUAGAAGUACAGCCCCUGGGUAGAAUGCCUGUCUAGCAUGAGUAAAGUUCUAGGUUUAACCCUCCCACUACCAAUAAAUUAAUUUUUUUUUUUUUUUUUUGGUUUUUCGAGACAGGGUUUCUCUGUGUAGCUUUGCGCCUUUCCUGGAACUCACUUGGUAGCCCAGGCUGGCCAAAUUAAUUUUUUAAAAUGUCUUGUUUUUUACAUUGUAUAACAAUAAACUGGCCAAUUUCUGUGUCUUUAA